AUGCCUCAACUCGAUAAAGUUUCGUAUUUUACACAAUUUUUUUGGCUCACUCUCACAAUUUCGGUUUUCUAUCUCACACUCCUCAAAUUUUAUUUACCAAAAAUUACAAGGGUUCUCAAAAUGAGAGAACAUAAAGUUAGCCUCACACAAGAGAGCAAAGAAAAUACUUACGAGCAAGAACAAGAACGAGUUCUCCAAACGAUGCAACAAGCAGUUCGAAAAAGUUUAAAUCAAUCAAAACAAGCGCUUCAAAGUAGUUUUGAAACAACCGCGGGGUGGGUAGAAAAAACCGUACAAAAAACGAACCAAGAGCAUUUCCAAAAUGUACAAACACAAUACCAAGCGAAACUUGGGGACGAGAUUACUGCGAAUAACAUGACGAAAAAUCAAUUGAAAAAACUUUUACCUAUGUCGGCUUACCCUGCAUGCGGUUUUACACACUCUGGUCACACCUUUGUACAAGAGUACUUUCUACGAAAACUUUUCGGGCCUUUGACCGCGAAAGGGAAGGGUGGAAAGAAAGGUACGAAGAAGAAACGUUAA